ACGGCCUACCUGGAGUUUCGCUUUCGAUCCCGGGAAGAUUUUUUUUGACGUGAUGUCGCUAUUAUAUGAGGAUAUUGUGAAGUUUGUCGCGAACAAUCUUAAAUGUGAAAUAUGUUUUAACAUUUUCACAAAACCCGUUACACUAGUGUGUGGCCAUAACUAUUGUCAUAAGUGCAUAAAAGAAUGCUGGGCUAAAAGCGUGAAAAGAGAUUGUCCACAUUGCCGGAAAGAAAUAAGCAGUAGUGCAUUAGAGAUUAAUUUUACUCUAUGCGACAUUCUGGAGUUACAGGAGCUUGGUGGUCGGAGAUUCUGGGAUAUUCUGGCUGAAACAGACCAAGAUCAUAAAACACAACACGCUGGGAGAGCAAUUACAAAAGUGGACAGUCUAAUAAAACGUCUGGAUUGGUUAAAAACAGAGAUCAGAAAAACAGAAGACAUGCUUUCAGAAGAACUAGACACAAGGAAGGAUUACGAGGAUGGGUGCAGCACUGUUCAGAUGGAUGGAUCAUCUAUUGACAGUGAUCCUACUUCAAGUUGUUAUGCUGACAGAAUGUAUAGUCUGACAUCACAGGAUGACCAGGAACAGUCGGAGGAGGAAAGUUCACAGGAGUUAGUAGAGGUGGAUCCAGAAAAUUCAAACACUCUUCAAGAUGCUCAUCUCGCUCCCAGUGCAGAAGCUCGGCAGCAGAGCAGCAGUGCUGAGGCUGCUCUUCCUGCAAAGUUUGUUGAUCUUUCCUUUAGUCCUGAGCUGGGAAACAGGCGGCUCGUUUUUUGUCCAGAGAAACGCACUGUGGCAACACGCCUGGGGCACCAAGGAAGAACUACACACGAUCGUUUCGAUGCCUGUCAGUGGAUGGCGAAUCAGGAAUUUUUAUCAGAAUCAGGAUGCUUUUAUUGGGAUGUGGACACAACACACUGCACUGGAUGGGCUGUUGGGGUGGCAUAUUCCAGUCUGAUGCGUAGGGAUAGUUUGGGAAGAACUUCCUCAUCUUGGUGUUUGGAGUGGAGCAACGGGCAACUGGGUGCUUGGCACAAUGAUUUAAAGACUUCUAUUAAGCAUCGUGUUCCUAGUAGUGUGCGAGUAAUUCUGGACAUGGCAAAAGGACAGCUGUACUUUCAGAGUUUGUGUGAUGACCUGCUUGAAUUGCACUGUUUUAAGGUCAAUAUCUCUCAACCUAUCAGACCUGUCUUCUGGCUGUUUGGGUUAUCACGAAACACCUUAUCCUUUCCUAAACGUUGAAUGUUAGAUAAAGGAUAAUAGAUUGGCAUAGUUUGUGCACUCCAUUAUUUCAGAAUAUACAGUUGACAUCAGAUUUAUUAGCCCCCCUUUGAAUUGAUGUUAAACAGAGUAAGGAAAUUUUCACAGUAUGUCUGGUACUAUUUUUUAUUCUGGAGAAAUGUUUUUCUUCUGGUCUUAUUGGUUUUAUUUCAUUACUAAAUAUGUUUGUUUUAAAUCAGUUAUUGGAAAUGAGUAAAAACUAUUAUUAUGUUCAGAAAUGUGUUGAAAAAAAUCUGUCUGUUAAACAGAAAUUGGUGAAAAAAACGGGGCUAAUAAUUCAGGGGGGCUAAUCAUUCUGACUUCAACUGUAUAUGCUGAAUUGUAUUUUUUUGAAUGACAUUUCUGUGUAAUUAACAAUUUUGUGUAAUACUGGUUAUAUUUAUUAUAUUGGUUUGUUAUAGGCUACUACUAAUAAUCUUUUUUGUUGUUUUUUGCUUUAUUAACAAGCUUACAGUUACAAAACAGAAAGAUUAAAUGCGAAAAGAAAAAUUGGAGAGGUUACAUAAUUAUCAUUUUACAUACAAAUAUAUUAUACCUAUAUUUUUCAAGUGUAGUUAUUAACAAAAGUUACUAAAUGCACUUUAAGCACAGAAAAUCCAUGUAUGCAAUUGUUUUAUACAAAACUGUUAAAGGGAGAGCAUAUAAUAACUGUUUUAGUUGCUUUUCUGUUUUCAGACUAUUUUUAAAAUCACUUUUAUAUAUACAUUUUAAUCUCUUUUUCUCGCACCAUGAAGGGAAGUUUGCUUUUUGUAAACUUGCAUCUGUGUAUGUGAAAUUUACGUAAUAAUAGAAUAAAGUUUAUAAUAAAACCAGGAUCUUUUAAAGAGUGAUCGAUCCUUAACAUAAUAACCCCAAAUCACAUGU